UCGCUUGCCACCGUUGUGUUGUUGUGGGGACACUUGUGAGCUAGCAGCUAACGUUAGCCCGAGUCGAGAUACAGAGAGAGAGAGAGAGAGAGAGUGCGCGGCAGUGACAGUCCGGCCGGAGGCGGGGAGAGAACUGUGAGGUCCAGAAGUAUUUCCAUGUCUACAUCAGCUCCGGAAACCCAAAGAGAUGUCUGUUGAUGAGGAUACUGUAAAAACUGGCAGUCCGCAGGCCUGCUCAACAUCAUCUCUGCAGCUGUCAGAGUGCACUGGAGGUUACAGCACUAUAUCAAUGAUGGUAGAGGGCACCGCCGCCACCCCUGAUUUUGCAGCUGCUUGUCCUGUCCCAGGGAUGACGGCGUCGCCAAAGCACACCAGCACAACUGACACACUCACCCACUCCGACGACAGUGGACAGAGAGCCAGAGGGAACGAGAAUAACAUCAAUCGCAAGAACAGCUUUCAUCAUUCCAAACAGCAGCAGCAGACGAAGCUAUCAAAGCGCCGCAACACAGCUAGCUUUAGUUUCAAGCAUCCAACAUCUGGCAAGAGGAGACGAAGGGCGAACUCCGAGAGUGACUCCGUCCUGCCUACCAACUUCCUACUGGGUGGGAACAUAUUUGACCCACUCAAUCUCAACAGCCUGCUGGAUGAGGAGGUCAACAAGGCACUGAAUGCAGAGACGCCCAAAUCCUCCCCUCUGCCAGCAAAGAGUCGAGACCCCGUGGAGAUACUCAUCCCCAGAGACAUCACAGAUCCACUGAACCUGAACAGCGGCAUAGCAGACAGCAGCUUUUUGGUGUCCCCCUUCAAGAGUGGUGGCAGGAAGAGACACCGCAACAGACACCAUGGAGGAGGAGGAGGUGGUGGAGGUGGGGUUGGUGGUGGUACUGGUAGUGGGAUUUCAACAGCACAGAUCAACCUCUCUGAAUCAGGAAAAAGUGAGGUUAAAACAGGCACCUCUGCACCUCUUCCAGGUAUGUUAGCCUCAAGCUCUGCACUAGAUGUUUCCAAAGAGUCCAACAGUUUCUCCAGUGUCACAGAUAAUUCCCAUGAGCACACAGCUGACAAUUCAUCCAGCUUCAAGGAGGAGAUGCCAUCUGUAUCUAUGGAGGAUUCCACCUCCUCCGUAUCAGGGGUACCAAACCAGCACACAAGUAGACGCAAGCGAAGGCGCAACUCUGGCAAAGUAGAGCCUCCUGUGACCCAUUCUACACCGAUUGGAAAGUCAAGAUCUGGAGACAGGAGUUGUGGCGGGCAGAGAAAUUCACAGUCCUUUCACACACCAAGGAGUGGGCCCACAAUGAGGCCAGGAGGUCGCCAACACCAGCAGACCCACAGCCAGGCAAAGGAGCAACAGAAGAAAAAGUUCCAGUAUGGAAACUACAAUAAGUAUUACGGCUACCGCAACCCAGGCUGCAGUGAAGACCCAAGGGUGCGUGUGCUUCGUUCAGAAUGGUUUGAAGGUAAAGACGUUCUAGAUUUGGGGUGCAACUCAGGCCACCUUACACUCUAUAUUGCCAAAAUGCUAAGACCCGCCCGCAUAUUGGGCCUGGACAUCGACAGCGGUCUGGUACAUGCAGCCCGUAAGAACAUCAGACACUAUCUGUCUGAACUGCAGACCCAAGAGGCCAGGCGUGCAAUGCAGAGCACCAAACAGGAGGAGAGGAAUGGAAGCGAGAGUCACACAGGCACAGACAAGAAGCAAAAUGCAGCCGAGAGCUGUGAUGAAAACGGGAAGCCAGUGAAAGGAGAAGGUGGCCCUGCAGAGGCUAUAAAUGACAAUGACUCUUAUCACACACGUGAGACCGAGACCCAGAGGCAGGACAGCAGAAUUAAGGAAAUGGACCAGGAAGAUUGUGAUUCGCCCCCUGCUGAUCACUCUGGAAGCUGCUCUUUUCCUGUGUCCCUACGGAUCUCCAGGGGUCCCAUCGCUGCUCCCCCACUAACAGAAGCAUCCACCACACGACCUGGGGAGUUCCCCUCAAAUGUGUCCUUCAUCAAGGCCAAUUACGUACUGGAGAACGAUAAUCUUCUUUUGACUCAGCGGCCAGAGUACGAUGUGAUCAUGUGCCUGAGCGUUACCAAAUGGGUUCACCUGAACUGGGGAGACAGUGGCCUCAAGCGGCUCUUCAAGAGAGUCUACAGACAUCUCCGUCCUGGAGGCAUGUUCAUCCUGGAGCCGCAGCCCUGGGAGUCCUACGUGAGGAGAAAGAAGCUUACGGAAAAUAUUAGCAGGAAUUAUCACAGCAUCCGCCUCAAACCUGACCAGUUCUCAUCAUACCUUACAACAGAGGUGGGCUUCACCAGUUUUGAGUACCUUGGGGCCCCCAAGUGUUCAAUAAGAGGUUUUCAGAGGCCAAUCUACUUAUUUCACAAAUGACCACUCCUGCCUUGAAGUCUUUGAAUGUGAGUAGCCUGAACCACCACCACACAUACAAGCCAGCCAGCUGCCCUGGACUGCAAGGAAUCCUCUGGAUCCUUAACAGCUACUCCAGCUACUCAGCAAUGCUGAAGAUGAAAUUCAGGAAGGAGAACAGGACCAAAAGUGGAUUUACUUUCUUAAAGAUGAGAUAUGUUGAGAAGAGGCGCCUAUCAGAAUCCUCUGGGACUGCAGAUUCUUAAAAAGCAUGGAGUGAACUCGAAUAGGACUCCAAACAUCACUGUUGGGGGAAGAGGUGCUCAUCUGAUUUCUUUGGACUAUCCCAGUGCUAACGUUGCCUCAGUUUGAUGCACGGCCAUAACAUGUGUUCAAAUAUAUUUGGCCAUAUAUCUUACUUUCAUUACUUUGUUUCGUGCCACCACAUCACCAUACAUAUAUUAUACAUAUCAGGGUUGGGCAAUAGGGCAGACAGAAUCGGACACAUCACCCCUUUUCCUGGCGAUUCAUGGUAUAUUCACCACAGUGCGUGAUGCAUCUGCAAAGCUGCUGUAUACCACUGGAUUACAAAUCCAUUAUCAUAUCAAACUGAUAUGAUCUUGCCUGAGAAGCCACACAGGAGUGCAGGUAAUGUGUUUUAUGCUGCGUGUAAGCUAUCAGUUAAAAAAGCAUCAUGUUGCCGACCACAGUGCAACUACUGAUGGUAUAGAAAUUGUGCUCUUAGCAGUUAUUUGCAUCAUGUUUGAAGCCUUGAAUCCUGCUGCAGCAGGUGUAAAACACACAUAUUGUGAUGAAUUUAAAAACGGCUAAGCAUUUUUUUAUCAUCCAGAAUUAGUUUGUCAAGAGCUGAGGUUUGUUUUCCUAUAUCCCAACCCUGAUAUACCGUUGGUUUCGUCAUUAUUUUGCAAAAUAGGCCUAAGAUCUGAAUUAACUUUAAUGUAUUACAGAGCUGUGAUGAUUAAGUCCACCUUUUUAAAAGCUCCUAAAUUGCACAAACCCAAGAGCCUAUAAAGUGAAAGUGGCUUGUCUAAGUGAUAAAGACAAUGAUGCACAAAGAGAGGUGCAUUCAAAACAGCCAAGCAACAAACAUCACUACAUUGUGUGUUGCCAACACGAUUGCAAGAUGCUCUCUCUUUUUUAAUAACAGCAAAUCCUUUAAAACUGUCAUGAUGAAGGACAAUGUAGUCAUCAUAUAUUAGGUUCUGUCACUCGAACAUGAAGACAGUUUUUAGUUUUAGCAUGUGAACUAGCACUGGAAAAAGUACCUUCACCCAUCAGCCACAAUUUUUAAACCAUCUGCUUAAUAUACUGUAGGUCCCCCUUGUCCAGCUUAAACACUUCUGACCCAUCUGGCCAUGCCCACAGGACCUUGGGAGGAUCCUUUGGGUCCUCUGGUUUGUGAGGUGGGGCCUCUGUGGCUCGUGCAUUUUCUGGUACAUCCCACAGAUGCUGGAUGAAAUAGAGAUGUGGGGAAUUUGGAGGCCAGCUUGAUACUUUUGGCUCUUUUUUGCAUUGCUUGAGCCAUUCGCCUUUACAGUGUGUUAUGGAGCAUUGUCCUGCUGGGGGAGUGCCAUCGCCAUGAGGGGGUGUGUUUGGUCUGCUAUAGUGUUUGAGUGGAGGGUGCAAAGUAACAUCCACAUGGUUUCCCGGCAGAACUUUGCAUUAGAGCAAGGUGAUCAGUGUUCUGUUCAAACGUCGGUGGUAAUACUGUGGCUGAUUGAUGGUGUAUGUCACUUCAGACCUGACAUCAGCUUAAAUGUUAAAAACUUAAAAAAAGAUUAAGAGUUUUUGGCUGUUUUGAAUGCAAACCUUCUCCAAACCUUCAGGCCUGUGGUAUUUACUUGAACGUUGGAACCAUUAAGGAAGCAACAAAUCACUUUAUGGUUUCGUGAAGCCUUUCUGAUGCUCCAUCCUGAUGGUAGGGGGCACGUUUGAGCUGUAAUGGCACCCAGGUGUCGACCGAGCUCAAAGGAAUUCAGCAGACACCACAAGGACUAUUUUGCAAGGUAGAUCUGUAGCAUGCAGUGAUCUAUUUUUCUUUUUCUAAUGACAGUUAAGCCAUAGCUCUACCUUAUAUGUUGUUUACAAUGUCCUUCAUGAGGCGCGGACUGAGAGUUUAAUUGGAGAUUAAAAUCAAGGGCAGAGAGCAGUUAUUAGAGAGUUACUACAGCUUCUUCACUGCUGCACAAAUCUGACACAUGUUGUUUUGUGUGGUCCGAUCAUCAUUACUGGGUAGGGAUUAAUUCAAACAGCAUCAGAAUCACUCCUGAGCAAAAGUUUGACAUUUGUAGAAAAUGGUUUGUUCCUAAAAGCACUGAAAUAAAUCCAUGACUUUUUACCAAAUGGAAUUGUUGAUAUGCUGUUUGUAUUGAAGCGCUGCCGAGGUAUUUUAUGGGUCUUUCUGAAUUUCACAAAAUAUGCCAUUAUCAUCUCAGUCUUCGGCCAAAUGAGGACAGUUAAGAGUAACAGGUAGUCAGUCUUUGUGAUUGUAUCUUCAUUGGUGUGCACUGAGCGCCGCUCAUCUUCAGCCGUUCAUUCUACAUUGCCGGGACAAAAAAAAACCUCUUCCUUUUUUAUGCGACUGGUUUCAAUUACAGCAUUUGGCAUACUAGGUUUAAAGAUGAUGGAGUUGAGAUAUGUUUCUAUUUUAGUAAGUGAUCAAUGUAAAUAAGUUUGCAAAUUUUGUUUGACUGUUGUCAUUAAGUUCACAACUGCUUUUGUCAUUUUCCAGUGGGUUUUCUGUUUUGUCUUGUUUUCAAAUGUUUGCUGCCAAGUUGUGAAUGAGUCAUAGGUCAGAGUUUUUUGUCCUAAAAAAAAUAAAAGGAUCAGUAAUCCAGCUCUGUAACAACAAACAAAUAUGUACAUUGCAAAGUUCUGAUGUGUUCGCUUUGUUCUGUCCUGGCAGGCACAUGGAUUGUUAGAUUGGUUCUUUAUUUUUUUAUAAACUGUUUGAAAGGAG